AUCGGUCGCCGUGCGCGCGCUGCAGAGAAAGGUGAUGGAGAACGUUCACCUGGUCCCGGAGAGCGAGAAUGACGACCUGUACUCUGGAUACGACUACAACGAUCCUAUGCUUGAGGAGUUGGAGGAAGAUCCUGAAUUCCAGAGGAUUGUGAGGACCAGAUAUGGACAGCGGCCACCGCUACCACCUGGUGGAUCUGGAGUGCCUCCUGCGACAGGACUGGCCAGAAAAAUGACUGGAACUACUAUGCGGGCCAGGAUGGGGACUGGAAUGGCUCCUGAGGCGGGGCAGGCGAGGCCAAUGACUGGAGUGACAGCUGCUGGGUUCUCAUCCGUCAUGAGAGGCCACAAGUUUGAUCCUCUCAACCAAGCUGCAGCCAGUGGACACUCUGCCACUUCAUCUCUGGAGAAGACUGAAGAAACGCCAGAGAUGUUGAUCAAGAGGAUGGAGAAGAAGGUGAACCGGCUGGUGGAAGAGUCAGCUCAUGCCAGUGCCAUGGGAGACUACCAGACAGCAUUGGAGAAGGCGAAAGAGGCAGGGAGGAGGGAGAGGAUGCUGUGUAAGCAGAGAGAGCAAGCUUCCCUGGCUGAGCAACUCAACCUGGACCUCACCUACUGUGUCCUGUUCAACCUUGCCAAUCAGUACGAAGCCAAUGAGCAAUACUCCGAGGCCCUCAAUACGUAUCUACUGAUAGUGAAGAACAAAAUGUUCAACAACGGCAGUAGACUGCGAGUCAACAUGGGGAACAUUUACACGGCACAGAAGAAGUACCCGCAGGCCAUCAAGAUGUACAGAAUGGCCCUGGAUCAGAUCGGAGAGGUCCACAAGUCAGUGAGGCUGAAGAUCCUGCAGAAUAUUGGGUCUGUGUUUGUCAAGAUGGGCCAGUAUGCCGACACCAUUACGUCAUUCGAACACAUCAUGAGCGAGCAACCUGACUUCAAGACUGUCAUGAACCUGACUCUGUGCUACUAUGCCAUCAGUGACCGCGAGAAACUAAAGAGGUGUUUCUGCAGGAUGCUCCAGAUCACCAGUGGAGCUGAAGAUGAGGACAGAUACUUCCCUACCAUGGAGGAUGACCCUCAGCAACGACUGUUGAUUGAGACCAUCAAGAACGACAGACUGCGAGAGCUGGAGAGAGAGCGCAAGGCCACGGCAGACAAGACCAUCCUGACGGCUGCCAAACUCAUUGCCCCUGUCAUUGAGACUUCGUUUGCUCUGGGAUUUGACUGGUGUAUAGAGAUGGUGAGGUCAUCAGUGUACGUGGAACUGGCCAGUGAACUGGAGAUCACAAAGGCACUCACUUUCCUUAAACUUAUGAAUAUUCCCAAGGCAAUAGAGACAUUCAAGGAUUGUAACAGAAAAGACAGUAAGAUGGCCGCCACUGCAGCUACCAACCUCUCGUUCAUCCUACUCCUGGAGAAGGAUCUUCAGCAAGCUGAGAAAUUUGCAGAUUCUGCCGUUGCUCUUGACAGAUACAAUCCUCACGCUCUGGUGAACAAGGGAAAUGUCCUAUACUCUAGAGGGGAUUAUGAAGCGGCCAGAGAGUUCUAUCAGGAAGCUCUCAGCGUGGAAGCCACUUGCUCUGAGGCUCUGUUCAACACUGGACUGGUACACAAACAGAUGAGAAGGUACGGUGAGGCAAUGGAGUGUUUUGUGAAGCUCCACAACAUCCUGCGGAGCUCCUCUCAAGUCAUCUACCACCUGGCCGACCUCUCUGAUAAGAUGGGAGACACUCCACAGAGCAUCGACUGGUUCCUCCAGCUGAUUUCACUGGUCCCGACAGACCCUCACGUGCUACAGAGAGUCGGGUGAGAUGUAUGACCAGGAGGGAGAUAGGGGACAGGCCUACCAGUACCACUAUGAGGUGAGGACAGGGUUGAAAAAUUCUCCUCUUUUUUUCCCCUCCAUUUCCCCUUUCCUGUGUUAUUUUCCUUACAAUUUCACUUUUUCCUUGUCUUUCUACGAAAGCCGACAAGGGUCAACAUGCGUGCCUUUUGCCUUAAUUUGUGAUUUUUCUAUCCUCAUCUCUGUGUUCAGUCAUUCAGAUACUCGCCAACUAAUAUUGAUGUCAUCUCGUGGCUUGGAGCCUACCACAUGGACUCUCAGUUCCCCGACAAGGCCAUCCAAUACUUUGAGAGAGCAGCACUCAUACAACCUACUCAGAUCAACUGGCAGUUGAUGGUUGCAAGCUGCUACCGCAAGACUGGGAGCUACCAGCAGGCUCUCCAGCACUACAAGUCCAUUCACCAGAGGUUCCCGGAGAACGUGGACUGUCUCCGGUUCCUGGUGAGACUCACCUCAGACCUGGGGCUGAAGGAGGCCCAGGACUACGCCCUCCUGCUCAAGAAGGCUGAGAAGGCAUCUGAGAACAAGAGACAGAGGGAGCUGUCCAGUAGUAGCUACAGAAGUGGUGGCAGUGCAGGGUCGAGGGGGACAGGCAGAGGAGGAGGGGGAGGAGGAGGAGGGAAGGGAGGUCGCAACCAAACACAAGGACACUCUCUUCUCAGUGGAGACACGGAUGAAUCCAGAGUUGAUUCAGGAGGUAAUAGAAGACCGCUCAGAGCAGUAGAUGCCUCCUACACAGACCCCCUGGGAGAAAUUCCACAGCGACCUAUGACCGCAGCCAGAGCCAGACCGGCCGAGGAGGACGAGUUUGAAGGAGUUGAACUGGGAGAUGACUUGUUGCCAGAAUAGAGAGAGACCUUCAGUACACCACACACACACACCUCACAUCUCACAUGACAUGCAACCAACACUCACCACACACACACACACAUGUACUAUAAUACAGGCAACCAUGUGUUUGUUGUGAACUCACUGCAUGAUUGGUUUGCAUUUACGCACAGUCUUAUUGGGGGAUAUGUACGUAUACAGAUCUAGACUCACAGAGUCUGUUUGACUUUAUAUAAAAGUUCGUGAAGUCUAAUCUUGUAUUUUUUGUUAACUGGAUAAAGCAUCGUUGGGGUGUAGCCAUGCCUUUUCAUUGGCGUUUCCCUAAAGACAUGCAUUAUUGCAGUGAGUUGAAUAUCUAUUGUCUCAAUAU